GGGUCCCAACGACAGUCGUUCACAACAGAACCUUUGUCACCUGUUGUAGUUUCUACANGGACACGGAAAGAAGGGACGUUAUGAUCGAUGUCACCAAAACAUAACACCACGGAUGAUAUUGCAUAAAGUAGAGACGGAAUUAAUUCAGCUACUUUCUGAUAUCAACGGGGGCCGAGUGAAGAGUACACACUCGGCAGAAACUGGAGUAAAACUUUACUAAAUGAAGAAUAAGUUCACAGCAAGUAUGAACUUGUGAACGCAAAUUGAACUUGUCAAUAAAAAAAACAGCCGUAGCUUAAGAGCAUUUGAAACAACUGCCAAAGGAAAUUAUGUUUAGUUUCUUGGGUCUCCGUAAGGACUCGAAGAAAUCCACAUCCGACAAGGAAGUCGACGGUGGCUUUGUCGUGAUUGGAGAGACAGCUGAGGAGCGGAGAUGGAGGCCGACCACCAACAGCCUGCAGCCCACUACUAACGUCAUAGUGCAGCCGUCAAAGUCGUCCUGCCCGGCUCCUCCCGGUGAGCUGCCCCCCCCCCCGGCUCCGGCCGAGGCCUCCCCGGUGAUGGAGGCUGUCUCCACCCUUCCAGACCUCCUGGGGGACGUUCCCUUUACUUUAGCCCCUCACGUCUUGGCCAUGCAGGCGGGAUUCUCCAUGGUCCCCGACGUGCUUCUGUCCCGGGACAUCAACUACAACCUGUCCAGUUUCCAGUAUGACUUCACUUUAGAAAACUCUGUGCUUCACAACGGCUAGUUCGUUUAGAUCUCAUUGUCAUUUAUAGCGAGCUGGCUGGUUCACGGUUCAGGAUUACGUAACGGUCACAACACGAUCAGAACCAGGACGCUGUUUGAGCCAUUUUUAUUAAACAAAUGUAACCACAAACAAGAGCAAUUUUACCUUGUUCAAUUGUUCCAUUUUUAACCUCCUGAGACCC